CUACGGGUCCGGCCCUAGCGAGAGCGCGCCGGUCGCAAGAUGGCUGCGGCCAUGCGAGGCCUUGCUGUGUGUGCGCAGCGGGCGGCCGAGCGGCGCGGACAGCAGGGGCAGCGACGACACUAGCUCAGCCCUCAGCCACUCUUCUAGAACGCCAUCCCAGCCUCCACCCGCUUCUUCCGAGAUGGAUCUAGCUGUGGGCCCCGGUGCAGCGGGGCCCAGCAACGUCCCGGCCUUCCUAACCAAGCUGUGGACCCUCGUGAGCGACCCGGACACCGACGCGCUCAUCUGCUGGAGCCCGUUCCAGGGAACCCAGCACGGCAUUCUGACCCACAGGCACCAGGCAGACUCAUGGUGCACAGAAUACAGUCUGAGUGGGAACAGCUUCCACGUGUUUGACCAGGGCCAGUUUGCCAAGGAGGUGCUACCCAAGUACUUCAAGCAUAACAACAUGGCCAGCUUCGUGCGGCAGCUCAACAUGUAUGGCUUCCGAAAAGUAGUCCACAUUGAGCAGGGUGGCCUGGUCAAGCCUGAGCGGGAUGACACCGAGUUCCAGCAUCCAUGUUUCCUGCGUGGCCAGGAACAGCUCCUUGAGAACAUCAAGAGGAAAGUGACCAGCGUGUCCACCUUGAAGAGUGAGGACAUAAAAAUACGCCAGGACAGUGUCACCAGGCUGUUGACGGAUGUGCAGCUGAUGAAGGGGAAACAGGAGUGUAUGGACUCCAAGCUCCUGGCCAUGAAACACGAGAACGAGGCCCUGUGGCGGGAGGUGGCCAGCCUGCGGCAGAAGCAUGCCCAGCAGCAAAAAGUUGUCAACAAGCUCAUUCAGUUCCUGAUCUCACUGGUGCAGUCGAACCGGAUCCUGGGGGUGAAGAGAAAGAUCCCUCUGAUGUUAAGUGACAGCAGCUCAGCACACUCUGUGCCCAAGUAUGGUCGGCAGUACUCCCUGGAGCACGUCCAUGGUCCUGGCCCAUACUCAGCUCCGUCUCCAGCCUACAGCAGCUCUAGCCUUUACACCUCUGACGCUGUCACCAGCUCUGGACCCAUAAUCUCUGAUAUCACUGAGCUGACUCCGAGCAGCCCUUUGGCAUCCCCAGGCAGGAGCAUUGAUGAGAGGCCCCUGUCCAGCAGCACUCUGAUCCGUGUCAAGGAAGAGCCCCCCAGCCCACCUCGGAGCCCUCGGGUACUGGAGGCAAGCCCUGGGCGUCCAUCUUCCAUGGAUACACCUUUAUCUCCAACUGCCUUCAUUGACUCCAUCCUUCGAGAGAGCGAACCUAACCCUGCUGCCUCAAACACAGCCUCUGUGGGCACAACCGGAGUCCAUGCCCCUGCUCCUCCUCCCCCCUCUACCCCUGAGAAGUGCCUCAGCGUAGCCUGUCUAGACAAUUUGGCUCGCGCUCCACAGAUGUCUGGGGUUGCCCGCCUCUUCCCCUGCCCCUCUUCCUUUCUGCAUGGCCGAGUCCAGCCAGGGAACGAGCUCAGUGAUCACUUGGAUGCCAUGGACUCCAGCCUGGACAACCUGCAGAGCAUGCUGACAACCCACGGCUUCAGUGUGGACACCAGUGCCCUGCUGGACCUUUUCAGCCCCUCGGUGACCAUGCCCGACAUGAGCCUGCCUGACCUGGACAGCAGCCUGGCCAGCAUUCAGGAGCUCCUGUCUCCCCAAGAGCCCCCCAAGCCUAUUGAGGCAGAGAACAGUAACCCUGACUUAGGGAAACAGCUGGUGCACUACACAGCUCAGCCCCUGUUCCUGCUGGACCCUGAUGCUGUGGACACGGGGAACAGCGAACUGCCUGUGCUCUUUGAGCUGGGGGAAAGCUCCUACUUCUCUGAGGGGGACGACUAUACAGAUGACCCCACCAUCUCUCUUCUGACGGGCUCUGAACCUCCCAAAGCCAAGGACCCCACUGUCUCCUAGAGGAGUGUCAGGAGAUGUCAGGAUGGAUUGUGGCUGGUCCCCAACCUAGGAUGUGGCUGGUCCUGGGGAGACAAGACAGUCGGGCAUCAAGCCACCACAACCCCAGUGGAACACAGAUGGGGCUUCAGGUCAAGAGGAAGACCCUGAGGGCUGCAUACCUGCUGCCUUUACCCCGGCCCCAGGUCUACUCUCUGAGAGAGCUUCACAGCCACACUUGGAUGGACCCUGCAGGUUGUUCAUAAAAUUGUAUUUUGGAUUUUUACGUGAGAGUCCCCUUUAACCCUUCACAAAUAAAUAAAUAUAUCUAUAUCUAUA